AUGCUCACCCAGACCAACGGCCUGAAAUUCCCUGAGAAUGCUGCGUCGAAAGAGUACGCUUCGUCCUUAGACGCUUCAAAUCCGUUGAGUGCAUUUCGUCACAAGUUCAUUGUUCCGUCAAAGGCCAAUCUCGCAUCUAAGAAGCUCGCGAAGCCCAAUCUUUCAAGCAACCCAUGUAUCUACCUUUGUGGCAACUCCCUUGGUAUCCAGCCCAAAGCUAUUUCACAGUAUCUAGAGGCACAACUAGACACAUGGUCAUCAGUUGGGGUCAAUGGGCACUUCACGAAAAUUGAAGACUCCCCGCUGGAACCGUGGCAGUCGCUCGCCGAUCAGGCCGCGAAGUCCAUGUGCAAGAUUGUCGGGGCGGCACCAGAAGAGGUUACAGCAAUGGCCACGCUUACUGCAAACCUGCAUUUAUUAAUGGCAUGCUUCUAUAAGCCCACGCCCACUAAGCACAAAAUCCUCCUCGACUGGAAGGCAUUUCCUAGUGAUCAUUUUGCUAUCGAAUCCCAUAUUGCUUGGCAUGGUCUCAACCCGACGCAGUCCAUGGUACUCAUUGGUCCAGACGAGGGGGAGUACAAGAUCUCCACGAAGAAGAUACUCUCAUAUAUCGAUCAGCAUGCUAAUGAAGCAGCCCUGCUCCUUCUCCCCGGGGUUCAGUACUACACUGGGCAGUUCUUCGAUAUCAGGACAAUUACAGAAUACGCACAGUCAAAAGGCCUUCUUGUCGGCUGGGACCUAGCUCAUGCAUACGCGAAUGUUGAACUAAGACUCCAUGACUGGAAUGUAGACUUCGCAGCAUGGUGUACCUAUAAGUAUGGAAAUGCUGGGCCAGGGGCCAUGGGUGGCGUUUUCGUCCACGAGAAACAUGGGCGCGUUGAUUAUAGCCAAGGGGAGGAUUCUCCCCAAUUCCGACACAGGCUGACGGGGUGGUAUGGCGAUCACAAGUCCGUCAGAUUUAAAAUGGAUAAUAAGUUCAAGCCUACCCCCGGCGCGGCAGGCUUCCAGCUGUCAAACCCAUCAGUCAUUGACCUUGCCUGCCUUUGUGCCUCGCUUUCGGUAUUCGACGAAACGUCAAUUACUGAACUGCGCCGUAAAUCAGUGCAAUUAACAGCCUAUCUCGAGUAUCUCCUGUUAAAAAAUACAACAGAUGACACCCGUCCGUUCCGCAUCAUUACCCCGUUAAAUCCCGAAGAAAGAGGCGCGCAGCUGAGUCUCUUACUAAAGCCUGGCUUACUACACAAGGUUACUAAUAAAUUACAUGAGGCUGCAAUUAUUUGUGAUAAGCGGGAGCCCGGUGUUGUACGUGUCGCGCCAGUUCCCUUGUACAAUACUUUCUCCGAGGUGUGGUUGUUUGUGGAACAGUUCCGGGCUGCGUUAAACGAGUAA